GGGUACGUGGCAGUUAAACGGCACAAGAAGUCAAAUCGUUCGCUACGCUAAUCGUCCUCAUUACUGCUCUUUCUCUGCUGAAGAAGGUGUGAGGGACCCCACUCCCCUCUGCACUCUGCUUCAGCAGUCUCGCUCCCUCCUCCAUUCUCUCUCUUCUGUCUAUUUAUUUUUCUUAAUUUUCUAAGCUUACUUCGCCAUCGCCACCGCCAUAGCGAGAGAGAGAAUGAGAGAUGGCGGGACUGGGUGUUGUGCUUGAAGGCCAAAAGAGUGGUACUGUGGGGAGGGAGACACAGACGCCUCAAGUCAUCAACAAAACCAGCGUGAUGAGCAAUUACAACAGGCCCUUCCCUUCUUCUUCUCCUUCUCCGCCGUCUCCUUUUUCCUUUUUCCCUUACGCCUCUUCGCCGUCAGUCAAUCAGAUGAUGCCGGCGGCGACGACGAUGUCUCUUCCGGGGAAUAAUUUUUUGGACGAAUGCUUCCUCUGUAAGCAGAAGCUCUUGCCCGGAAAAGACAUCUACAUGUACAAAGGGGACAGGGCGUUCUGCAGUGUGGAGUGCAGGUACAGGCAGAUAUUUAUGGACGAAGAAGAGAGCGCGAGGAUAUCAGACAACUGCGGUUUGGCCGCCAUGAAACCCUCUUUUCCUGUGUCUUCUUCCUCUUCGUCAUCACCGUCUCCAUCCUCCUCUGCUUCUCGCCGUCGCAAAGGAACAAGAGCAGCUCGGGGUUUUGCAUAGGACUGACCUAGAAGAAAAGAAGGAGAAACUUCAUUGUCAUCCAUGGAAGAGAGAAUGUUUUGGGAAUUAAGUUUGGUUCCAGUUUUACCCUUGGUUUCAUUUUGUAGUGGCCCUCUAUAUAUAUAUGUAUACAUAUACAUAUAUAUAUAUAUAUAUUUAUAUAUAUGAACACAAGGGCUUUUUCAAGUUUUAUGAACUGUUAAAUUGUGCCCA